AAUAAAAUAAAAAAUUGGCAACCAGCAUUGCGCAUCAACAUCCUCCACGGCAGCUAACAGACGCCACGAACACGAACACGAACGGAACACGUACCGACUAGCGUGAGCGAGGGAUAUCCUGUCACACGACUUCCAAAACCGUGCUGCAUGCGUUAAGAGAGAGCGAGGCCAUGAUGGGGCGAGCGCUGGAUAUGCUGAAGGUGGCCGCCCUCGUGAUGGCUGUGGGCGGCAACGUGGCAUCGGCGCAGCAGCACAAGGGGGACCUGUGGGCGGUGCUGGUGGCGGGGUCGAGCUCCUGGAUGAACUACCGCCACCAGGCCGAUGUGUGCCACGCCUACCAGAUCCUCCACCAACACGGCGUGCCAGACGACCAUAUUAUUGUCAUGAUGGCAGACGACAUCGCGUACAACCCUGAAAACCCCGACCCGGGCGUGAUCAUCAACCGGCCCGACGGACCCAACGUGUACGAGGGCGUCCCCAAGGACUACACCGGCAGGAGCGUCACGCCCGAGAUCUUCCUACGGGUGCUGAGUGGCGACGCAGAGGGCCUGAGGGGCGUCGUCGGAUCCGGGAAAGUCGUGCGCAGUGGCCCCAAUGACCGCAUCUUCGUGAACCUGGUGGACCACGGCGCCCCCGGCAUCUUCGCCUUCCCCACCUCUUUCCUGAAGGCCACCGAGCUCACCGAUACUAUCCUUGACAUGCACCGCGACGGGAAGUUCGGGGAGAUGGUGUUGUACGUAGAGGCAUGUGAAUCUGGCUCAAUGUUCUCCCGUCUCCUUCCGGACGAUCUCGGUGUCUACGCUGUCUCGGCCUCCAGUCCCCACCAGCCAUCCUACGCCUGCUACAUGGACGAGCACCUCCACACCUUCCUCGGAGACGUGUUCAGCGUCAAGUGGAUGGAGGACACGGACAGGGAAGACAUUCGUCGUGAGAGUCUGAAGAAGCAGUUCCAGAUCGUGAGGAAGGAAGUGACGUCAUCGACGGUCAUGCACUGGGGGGAGAUAAGACUCGACCGCCAGCACCUCUCGCAGUUCCUCGGAGGAAAAAAGGUCUCCUCGAGGGUGAAGAGCCAAAAGCGAGGAAAUGACCUUUGCAUGGUGGGUUCUCUCGCGUGGUUGUCGUUUGGGGGCUAA